CUGAUAUUUUCUUGCGCCAGAAAAUAUAGAAACCAAAUCAAUACUCCCCUAAAUCAGCCAAAAACAAAAGAAGUAUGAAGCAAUUGGAGUAUAUGCAGAACUCACUUCCCGAUGAUAUAGCACUCAAAAUCGUAUCAUCUCUUCAGGUAUCGGAUGUGUGUUUGUUGGGUAGUUGCUCUCGGUUUUGGCGCGAACUUUGCGGGUCGGACUGUAUAUGGGCGUCUCUAUGUAGAGCCAGAUGGCCAGCCCUUCAUUUGGUCCAAGAAUCUCCAGCUGCUGAAAUCAAAAUCCAUGAGCUUGAUCAACAAAUGAACUCUAAGCUGAAGGGAUGGAAGGGAUUUUACAUCAAGAAGCACAGUGAGAUGGCGGGUAGAGCGGCUGUUGUAGUUGAUUUUGUGGAACAGUGUUCAUCUGCUGAAGCGAUCGAGGUUGGGCACUAUCUGACAGCAAUUGAGGACCUGUGCUCGAUGCAGUUUGGAUUUAAAGAUGUCCAGAUGUUCCUUUUUAAACCGAAACUCAAUGUGCUACUUAACUUGGUUGGUUUGCACUAUUGCAUUAGUUGGCUUGGAGUACCGGCCGAGUAUGUAAUGGAAGCACUUGAUAGCUGCAAGAUUUCAGAGCGGCAAGUGUAUGUUAGAUGGUGGAAGCUUGGCAGGUGGUUUUAUGGCUUCCGCUUGCGGGACGAGUCUCAUUCUCGUAAAUUCUCCUUGGGAGAUCUUGCCAUGGCCAAAGAAGAGGAAGUUCUUGGAGUGCUUCAUCGAGGUGCGAUUCAUGAAGUGCUACGGAUUCAGAUUUCUGUUGCUAAACCUACAUGCACUCCGUGGUCAUGCCAAGGCACACAAACUCAGAAUUAGGGAAGGCUACAUCUGUGAAUUAAUGCAUGUAUUUGUGUAUGCUGUUCUUUUCUACUAUCCACAUGAUACAUAAUAAUUCUUACUUAUAUAUGUAUAUAGGCAUAUUAGUUGGGGGGGUUAAUGGUAAGAAUUCAACCAUAAGCUCUCUACCUUGGGAUGGCUCUGGCUUUUGUAAAUUGGUGUGUAUAAAUGUACUUAAUUCAUUCAUAUGAUGUACUUGGUUUUUGUAUUUGCACAUGCAAUCGCUGUGCCCAGUAUCAAAAUUUAUAAGUGCAUGAUAAGUGUUUUAUUUGCUCU